AACAGGAGUCGAACAGAGGAUCACCCUCCUGUGCUUCUGCUGCUGCUCCCUCUCUCACUCCUCUUACUCGCCCACUUAGUAUCAUUUCAUCUCUCUUCCUUCCUUCCUUCCUCUCCCCCCACUUUCUCUCUUUUUCUCUCUUGCGCGCCUCUCGCACAUACACUUACAGCCGGUGUGCUCUGACGGAUGGGGAUACACUGCCAAGGAGGACUAAAGGGUGAGAAGAGUGUGUUUCUUCUCUUCGCCGGUGUGCUUUUCCUUCUCCUGCGCCUGGCUUCCCUCACGAGCUGGUAAUUUUAAACCCCGGCCCCGAGGAUGAGAGGGAUCUUAUUGUGACGAAGACACAACAAAGGGAAGAGGGGAACCAAGAAGCAACAGGGUGGGAAAUUCUGCUCGCGUGAGAAAAAGCACAUCUUUUUCUGUUUCGGCUGGAUCGUGCAAGGAGUCCAGUCUCCCAGCAGCAGCCAUGUGACAGGAGCUGUCAGCAAGCAGAGGAUGCCCACAUCCUACUAAAGCAGCGCUGCCUUCCCCCUCCCCCUCCUGCUCCCUCCCUUCCUCCCACAUGAGGACAAGAAGAUGACUAUCACCAACCGGCAGUCCUUCAAUGUCCUGACGGUCAUCUUCCUCCUGCUGUCCACUGCAGCCCUCUCAGCUCAUUACCGAGUGUGCGAGCCCUACUAUGACCACAAAGAGCGUUACCACUUCGGCUUUCACUGUCCUCGCCUCUCAGACAACAAGACCUACAUGUUCUGCUGUCACCAUAACAAGACUGCCUUCAAGUACUGCUGCAACGACACGGAGUUCCAGAUGGUCAUGCAGGUCAACCUCACCACCAUAACAGAUGGUUACGGACACAAUAAUUAUACAGCCCUGGUUGGCGUGUGGAUCUACGGCUUCUUCGUCAUGGUGCUGCUCGCCCUGGACUUUCUUUACUACUCAGCCAUAAACUACGAGCUGUGCCGGAUCUACCUGGACAAGUGGGGUCUGGGAGGACGCUGGCUGAAGAAGGCUCGGAACCAGUGGAACCAGUCCAUGCCGGAGGAGAGCGAGGUCCAGGCUCAAGCCCAGCCCAUGGUCCCCAGUCACCACCAGCCCAGACACAGCCUUCGAGGGGAGAGCCACAGCCCCACGCUCCUGCCCUACAACACCUCUACAGCAUGAAUGAUGCUACAGGUGGACACAUUGAAGAGUAGCAGAAUCCGGUUUCCCAGAGGAGAUAUCCCAUACCGACCGCCUGGACUGCAGAAAAUAAACGCUAACAGUGGCCAAGCCAUACUGUAGUAGUUUCAAGGGACUACUUCCUGUGUGUGAAGAGCACAAAACAACCAUGGAAUCACAGAUGCAGUGAGAAACUGCUGAAAUGGAGACAUACGUGUGCGCCCUGAAACAUCUGGAAAAGUGUCCAAAAACUGCUCCAAGCCGACGAACUUUGAAACCGAUGGAAUAGCUUGGCUAUCUUGAAAAAAAAAAAAAAAAACGUCAUCUUUCUAGAUAUGUUAAUUACACUGCUGUGUCACUUUGUGUUCAGUAGCAGUUAGACACAGUUUGGGGUAAUUCUAUUUGGUGAUUUAUUUAUGUGAACUAGUCAGAAGAAUAUGAGUGGCUACCUUUCUGAACAUGUGAUGGUCUAGUUUGAUGCUGAGCAUCUCACCUAGAAUGUCUUUUUGUUACCUACUGAAACAAGACUUAAAUGUGUGAAUCGUUUUGGGUCUUCUCCUCUGCAAAGCCAAUGAAUUCACUGGCGAGGACACACACACACACGGAGCUUAACGUGUACACCCAAAACCUAACAGAUGAUCAGGGAUGUGUUCGAAACAGAAAGCAGCUUUAUGCCAAGUCAAACGCGACUGCAGACCCACAACAACCCUACGCACACACUUCUAAAGCUUGUGUGUGACAUUUUCACUUGUCUGGAGCUGCAUGGAAGGUGGCUUCAUUAGCAAUAUAAUGCAAAAAUAACCACUUGCUUUUUUUCUUUUUUUUUUUUAUAUGGAGCAAAACGUGUCCUGCAUCAGAAAUGACAGAGACUAGAACAUAACUAUAAGCAAUUAGCCAUAACAGAAUCUGUUUAAGAAGAAAACCCCCUUUUAUUUCCAGCAAUAAUGUACAGCACCUUCAUCAGAGAGAAAGGCCGUGUGAAAGGUCAGAGGUUAUUCCCUGGAAACCACUGAGAUGUAUCAAAGCAGCCGGAAUCAGAGGAAAGGUUCAGGAAAUGGAGAUUAUGAACCCUAAAAGGUCUCUAAAAAUGUCAGUGUCAGCGAUAGACUUUGAAUAUUCACUAUUUUAAAGAAAAGUUAUAAAUGUAAAUGUUUUUUUUUCUGAUCAUCAACUUAAACACUGACAGAAACAGCAAAUUAAUCUAUUAAAUCAAAUAUAUUCUCAGCUUUUUUUUUCUGAAUCAAUAAGAAGUAUUCCAGUCAUUUUGACUAAUAGAAAACAAAAAUCUUUUUUAAAACUCCACCUGAAACCAAAUUGUUUUUGGCAGCCUCAGAAUUACCUGACACUUUUUCCCAAAAAAGUUGUCCUGUCUUUUUUAGGGAAAAAAGUGCGCAAAGCAGCCGCUGAUGCCAUUGUUAAUACAUGUGACAGGACGUGAAGAGCAAGUUGGCAGAAAGCGCGUAGUGUAUUAGCGGUGUGUCCGUUCCAAUCCUGCAUCUGCGACUUGUAAAAUGACAGCUGUGGAGGCUGCGUGUCCACUGAAGGCUAACGGGAUAGAGUUAAUUGUUGGGAAAUGGCAAGAAAAUCUCUGAUUUAAUUCAAAUGAAGGCAAACGGAGGGGACGGAACUCAAGUUUUGCUUUUAUAAGUUUUCUAGUCUCAGAAACAGGUCUGCCAGAGUCAUCCCCGAGUUAUCUGCAAUAAUAUUCAAAUUUGCCGAGUUGUUAGUGCAGCCUAAUUCUCAUUUCAAUAGCUGGAGUUUAAUUGGAUGUGUGCCCCAGCAGACUUGUGCCAUCACUUCCAGGGGCAGAGAGACAGGAUGUGUCCAAGUGAAAUAAUUGGCCGAGCGAUCAGCGGUGGCUCUAAUUUACUCCUCUCACCCGGUUCUCCGAGUGAGAACAGCAGAACCAAACAGGGAGGUGAGAUUUGUAGCAGGUGCAGCAGGACAGACAAGUUUUAAUUAGUCCUCAAAGCUGAAUUAGUCAUUAAAGUAUGAUGCUUUAUUGAGGACAUUUUGCUUUUUGAGGGUUUAGUGUAGUGUGUGACCCGUAAAAAAGACAAGAAUAUCUGUUCUUAUCAAACACAAAAGCAUCUCUUAUCCUCUGAUGUGUUGUUUCAGGGUCAAAAUGGAUUUCCCCUAAAGAAAAAAAGGGGGUUCUUUCCUUGUUUUUAAUGUAACAACAUGGUUUUGUGAUGUUUUGGUUCUGUUAGAAACAGUUUCGACUCUGGCCUGAUGUAGUGUGGUACUGUAAACUGUAUCAGCUCAAUCCUCUUUCCAUAUUUAUAUCCAACGUAAAGUUUUAAAAAAAGAAAUAAACGGCACACAGGAAGACGGCGGCACACAUCUGUUUCAGUCUCUCCUGGUUGUCAUGGUAAUAGUUGCCUUAUAGUUGAACUCCCACCUGUACACAGAAAGAAGCUUUGUAGUGGUUGAUACCUCACUUUUUUGGGUGUGGUGGUGAAAACUAGAUAGAAUAUAACUGUUCUCAGCUGGAUUGUUACUUCAGUUGUUUGACUUUGUAUUGUCAUGACAGGGACAAAUAAAGUUUUAUCUUUUCCAGUGUGUUUAAA